UCAUCGUCCCUGCACAAACAUACCACGCCCUUCGAGUCACUAACAUGGCCGUCACCAGGGAGUGAGUCCAAGGAUUUUGAGACGAAUAUUAUUUGAUUCUGUUUAAACACUCUUGAUGAUUGACGAUACCACUUGCGGGUCGUUGAUGUUACAGCUUUAUAACAUCCCUUUGAAUGUAAGAAUAGAGAAGCCACAGCCUCUCAUUGAUUACAGCUUCCUGGGCAACGACUACAGCCCUGACAGCCGUCCCUCAGACUGGCAGUGCCCGCAGGUGCAGCGUCUUGGAGCUGGGGGCCCACAGUUGCCUGCCUCUGCCAGCAGGGCUGGGAUCGGGACAAGUGUGGACCGUAACUACCAGCUCUGGGCGGCUCGACAGAGCAUGGUGAGAGACAGCGGUUGCCAUGGAGCUACAGGAUAAGAAACAGGAGGAGGAGGCGACUCCACUGGGACUGUCCACGGCUCAGGCUCUGUGCACCCUACGGGACCAGCUGUCCAACUUACUGGGGCAACACCAGAAAUUCAGCCCGCGAAGAUCCACCAUACAGGAGCUGUGGGCCAAGAGCUUCCUUCAUCAUGACAACCGGCAUUCGUGCUUCCAUUGGCCAGGAGCUGUUCUCACUCUGGUUGUGGUAGUUGGGCUGUUGUGUUGUCAUGGCAGCCAGCCGGAGGGCAGUCAAGGCAUAGAGCUGGUGAACGCGGGUGCGCUCUUCCUCCUGCUGCUGCUGAACCUCUUCCUCAUCAGACGGCAGCAGAGGUUACGGACCAGCGAGAUGGUGCGGAGGCUCAAGUCCAUCAUCUCACAGCUGAACGAUUAUUUGGAGAGAAGUGCAGGACAUCCAAUCAGAUGGGCCCCCUCUCUGUACCCUGACCUCUACACUCCCACCUCCCCUUCCUGGUCACUGCAUUGGACAUUCAGAGACGAGCGACUGGUCAAUCUACCCGUCAGUCUACUGGUGGAAGGUGAUGUCAUCGCUCUUAGGCCAGGCCAGGAAGCCUUUGCAUCUCUCAGAGGCAUCAAGGACGACGAACACAUCGUGCUGGAACCAGGAGACCUUUUUCCACCAUUUUCCCCUCCUCCCUCCCCACGCGUGAAUGAGCGGAGGGGCCCCCACAGUCCUCAGCAGUACCGCCUCUUCAGGGUGGUGCGCACACCUAUACUCGACAGUGUCAGGAACAGUCUUGACCUGGCUCUCUCCCGUCCAAUCACAGCCCUUGAUAACGAACGGUUCACAGUGCAGUCCAUUAUUGCCAAAUUUGCCUGUCCUGCUGUAUUGGUGGCCUUUUUCUCUAUUAACACGAUCCGGUACUUCUUUGACACUCCUGGUCUCACCCCUGGACCCUUCAACUUCCUUCAGUUGCAGAUGAUGGGUGUAUUGCCCAUUUUACCUCUUCUGUUUCCUGUCAUGUGGGUUCUGGUCAAUGCGUAUGGAGAGGCCCGUGUGUUAGCCGAGUCCAGCCAUAACUCUCCCACUGGCCUGCUUGCUAAGUUCUCUGAGGACACUCUAAGCAGCUACACGGAAGUGGUGUCCUCCCAGGAGAUACUACGCUGUGUGUGGAGACACCUGGUCAGUGUGCUGAAAGGAGAGUCCCAGACCCUCUGUUAUACCUCCAGUCUGCUGCACUCGUUGGGUUCCGUCACUGUGCUGUGCUGUGUGGAUAAGCAGGGCAUUCUGUCCUGGCCCAACCCCAGUCCCGAGACUGUGCUGUUCUUCAGCGGACGAGUAGAGCCUCCUCAUGAUAGCCAGGAUGACCUCAGAGACGACCUGUCAGUCAACUCCCUCUGCAGGACAGAGGGCGAGGAGGAACGAGAUGAGCCUCAGGAAGGUGAAGCACUGCUGUGUUUACCAGCAUUUGAACCCUCCCUUCACAUGGCCGAGCAGGAACCCAGUGAGACGUCACAUGACACCGCCCGUUCCUCGGACACUCAACGCCAGCGACGAGGACCCCAAACCACCCGUUCCAAACACCCAUCGGGCUCCAACGUCAGUUUCAGCCAUGACACAGAGGGUGGAGAUGACAUUGCUCAGCCAUGCGGUGUGGGUGAUGAUCUGUGUGAAGCAGAAGAUUUUGUGUGUGACUAUCAUCUGGAGAUGUUGAGUUUGUCCCAGGAUCAGCAGAAUCCCGUCAGCAUCCUGUUUGAUGACUCUGGUUGGCAGAAUCACCUGCCCUCUUUGAAGCCCCUUGGACUGAACAUCCUGUUGAACCUGUGUAAUGUUACCGUCACCCAGCAGCUCUGCCGAUUCUCAGAUCACCUGUCCAACCUGGCGCUGCAGGAAUGCCACGGGGCAGUUCUACCCGUUCACGUUCCCUGGGGCCUCUGCGAACUAUCUCGCCUUAUAGGUUUCACUCCGGGAGCGAGGGAACUGUUUAAGCAUGAGAAUCAUCUGGCUCUGUACCAGCUCCCUUCAGGAGAGAAGGCCAAAGAAUCUGCCCCUCGACGACUACAUCACUUCACUAAACGCCAGCCUCCCAUCAGUCACCUCAUCAGUCUGUUUGUUAGGGACAGCACUACCAAUAAUGUACAGAUGCUCUCCCACGGCUCGGCCGACCUCAUCUUGGAAGCCUGCACGGAUUUCUGGGAUGGAGCGGACAUAUAUCCGCUGUCUGGCUCUGAUAGGAAAAAGGUUCUAGAUUUCUACCAACGUGCCUGUCUGUCAGGAUAUUGUUCUGCAUUUGCCUAUAAGCCUAUGCAGGUGGCAUUGUCUGAGCAGCUCAAUGGAAAGUGUGUGGAGCUGGCUCCAGGCCCCACACUAUUUUCUGGGGUGGAGCUUCCCAGUACCACCCCCAUCAAACACGGCAGCCGCAGGAACAGCUGGAGCUCUGAUGAGGGUAUUGGAGAAGGUUUGGAGAAGGAGGACUGUGUUCAAGCUCUGAGUGGCCAAAUCUUCAUGGGAAUGGUGUCAUCCCAGUUCCAGGCCCGACUGGACACUGUUCGGCUCAUCGAGAACCUGGUGGGAGCCUGUAUCCGCUUUGUGUACUUCUCCAUGGAGGAUGAGCUGCGCAGCAAAGUGUUCGCAGAGAAGAUGGGAUUGGAGACGGGCUGGAACUGUCACAUCUCUCUGACCCCAAACGGAGAUGGUCACUACGAUGGUGCGCCGUCCAGCCCUAGCCAAGCAGGAUCCCUACAUGACGACCUUCUGCAGGAUUCUCGUGAUGAUGCAGAGGGCCCACUACUGCCUGAGGACCAAUCAGAUCUUGCCAGCUUCCAGCCUACUGAUAGUGAUGUGCCCAGUUUCUUAGAAGACUGCAACAGAGCCAAACUGCCUCGUGGCAUCCAUCAGGUUCGUCCUCAUUUGAAGAACAUAGACAAUGUGCCUCUACUGGUGCCCCUGUUCACAGACUGCACCCCUGAAACAAUGUGUGAAAUGAUGAAGAUCAUGCAGGAGAACAGAGAGGUGACGUGCUGUUUGGGGAGCUCUGCUAACUUCCGUAACAGCUGUCUUUUCCUGCAGAGCAACAUCAGUAUCUCCCUGGAUCCACUGUACCCGUCCCGGUGCUCGUGGGAAACAUUUGGAUACGCUGCAGGCUGCGGGCUGAAUAAAGACUGUGAUGAGCUGUCUCCACUGGGGCUCAGUGCUCAACUCAACAGCCUUGCCUGCUCCGUGUCCUUCCAUCAGGGCGAGAGUGUCAGCAUGGUCAAACUCAUAGAGCAGGCGAGACACACUACAUACGGCAUUCGCAAGUGCUUCCUCUUCCUACUGCAGUGUCAACUGACACUGGUCAUCAUUCAGUUCCUGGCCUGCCUUCUUCAGCUGCCUCCUCCCAUGAACAUCACAGACAUACUGUGGCUUUCCUGCUUCUGUUACCCUCUGUUAAGCGUGUCAUUCCUGGGAAAACCUCCUGACAGUUCGGUGAUGACAGUCGCUACUGGAAAGAAUCUGGACUCCAUACCACGCAAGACCCAGCAGUACUUCCUGGGCUGGUUCCUGUUGAAGUUUGGUCUGACGAUGUUGGCCUACUUAGUCGGCUUUGGGUUUUCUCUACAGGAAGUGUGUUCUAUAGCAGCUAACCUCACAAAAAUUGAUAACAGCACCAUCACCUGCUCCCACAUACUCACAUCCAGCUCCAAGGAUGCCCCGCAGUGGUUUGGUGAAUUGUCAAAUGGGCUGCUUCUAAUUCAGAAGAUCAUGGCAGGGUUUCUAGCUUUGCACACAGUGGUCAUCUCUCUGAGUUAUGUGCACCGGUCUUCACCCCUGUGGAGGAUGAACCCGUUCAGUAACACAUGGUGGUGUCUUACAGUGCCUGUGGUGUUGUUGGGACAGGUGGUGCAGGCUGUGAUAGAUUAUCAUUUGUGGCAGGACAGGAGUACAGAAGUGGUCUUCACUCUACAGCACAUUCCUCUGUUGGUCUGGCUGUUAGUCUCUCUGUCCAUCGUACUUGUGGUGCUAAUCAAUGAAGCAGUAAAACUGCAUGAAAUCAGGGUACGAGUGCGUUACCAGAAGAGGCAGAAGCUUCAGUUUGAGACUAAGCUGGGAAUGAACUCUCCCUUCUGACCUGCGUCUGUACAGGACGGCAUGGUCUUACUCUUCAGCGUCAUGUUCAUUUCCAUGGUGGAGAAGAUCAAGGCUCCUUUGGAUUCCCUUCAGCAGAGCUCUUCCUGCCACACCUCCGAUGGGCGGAACCUUAUUUCUGCCAUGAACGCCACUGAGGGCUGCGUUUUUAAUCAGUGAGAUCCUGAACUAUCUUAGAUAAAAUCUAACUUUACUUUGAGUAAAGCCUAAAUCAGUGUUGUUUGAGGGAUGUUCACCUGCAUGCUGCUUUGGUUUGGACAGGGUCAUUUAGUAGAGGGAUUAUUUUCCAAUGAGGCCAUUCCUUUAUCCCCCUCGAAACCUCAAACUAAUGCACGAUAUAGCAAAUAUAUACCAAAAUGUACAACGGAGGGCUAAAUUAGCAUGAUUUUUUUUUUCUUUUCUAUUUUUAACGUUUUUUCUAGCUGUUGUGAAAUGGGAAUUUUAUUGAUUUCUUUUUAGUUUCAAACAUGAGACAAUUGACCGCUCAUGAGAUGAGCUUUAGCUGUAGGUUCUCUGUGUUCGUAUUUUAGCCGUCACUCUGCUGAGAGGUUUCGUGCAGUUCAUUUACUACGUCGUAAGAAGCCUGUUUUAACAGGUUAUAAUGUGAAUGUCAUCGCCUCAACUUACCUCAUAUUCAGAGGGGAAAUAUUUCACUGUUUUAUUUUGCGAUUUAUAAUGUACACGUGAAUAUAUCAGCCAGUGCAACUUAGCUGAGAAGCUUUGCUUCCAAAAUCAAAUGCAGCCAGACAAUGUGAGACUGUGUGAAAACUCAUUUACUUGCUAACCUAGAAUCAGACAGGCUUGAAAUUUCUUUUACAAAGUGAUAUCAGAUGAAAGGCAUGAAUAGCUGGAAUCUUUUUUUCAGUCUUCUUUUAAACUAUUUUUACUGCAAAGUUCUUAAGUUCAAUCAAAACGCAAAGACUUUUAAUCAGGCAAAGCAAAAGCUUUCCAGCUGAAGGAAGAAUGUUCCAGCUCGAAUUGUUCUCAUUCUGUCUACAGAGACAUUUGAAAUGUUUUUACAUGUGAUUGUCAGCCAGAAUGCACUGAUUUUUUUGCAUGCCAGAUGACAAAAUCACUUUUUCAAGAUAAUUAUUUCUGGUGUUCUGUAAAGAAUAUAUCUAACUCUAGAUGGGGUUGGGCUAAUUUUAAUUUUUAUUUUUUUGUAAUUAUUUUAUGUAGAGAAUUCAGUGUUUACUGGUAAAGAGGGAUAUUCAAUUUUUAUUGUGUUCUACCUCUUGCUGAUUGCCUCACUAUAAAUAAUUCUAGGCAACUUAAUGAAGUUUUAUUUUAAUUGAUCCAGUUGGGCUGCAGCUAUGGAGUAUAAGGGGCUCACUUACAGCGUCACCAGAUGUGCAGAUUUUUCUGACAGUGACCAGCUAAUCUUCAAAUUACCAGCAUUUCUUUUUUUCCAAUACUAGUGCAAUUCUCCAACAUAUAACCUGAAACCUCUGACUUACCAUAGACUCAUCAAAUGGAGAAUUUAAAUGGAUAGUUCAUCCAAAAAUAAAAAUUGUCAUCAAUUACAUACCCUCAUGUCGUUUCAGACUUUAAUUCUUUAAAGGAGAUAUUUUCUAGAAUGUGCCAACCGUUUUGUCCAUACAAGUCAAUGGGAUUCAAAACUGCUUUUGGCCACAUUGACUUUUGUUGUAAGGAUGAAUAAAAAUAAAAAAAAUUCUGAGACAUACUGUAUGUCCUUUUAUGCUCCACAGAAGAAAGAAAAUCAUUCAUGUUUGGAAUGACAUGAGGGUGAAUAAUUGAUUUUCAUUGAAUUUUAAUUCUUAGGUGAACUGUCCCUUUAAGCUGCUGCUAAGUCCUGCAUAAGUGGCAGAUUUUGUAAUGACUGAUGUGUACAGGUAACAUGGGACCUUUAGAACCUAUAGUCAAAACUCAGUUAGCAUUCUCUGAAGAAGCUGCCUUUCCUAUGAGCCACAGUCAAUCCCCUUUUCUAUGUAAUGAACCGAAAGAUGUCUUAACUUACUGAUUUCCUUUUUGUUCCUGUGUCACUGUUAUAUUUAAGUUUAAAUCGGAAAUACAUACUGUAACGUCUAAUCUAAUUUAUUUAUUUUGAAAUGAUUACACGUCUGUACAUCUUAACAGCAAAUGAUUGCAACCUAACCUAACGCCUUUUCCAUAACGCAUCUAGAUUUCAUAGAUUUCAUAGGCACUGAAAAUAUUCAUAAGAGAACGUAGUGCAUUUUUGCAAUGCAUGUUACAUGCUUUCUUUUACUUUUCCUGCUCAUUCAACAGGAAGGCAGGUCUUAUGAUGUGUUUAGAGGUUACGUAACUGUUGUUGUGGUUCGAUGUUUACGCCACAAGGCUGCUCAGCACCACGGCUGUGUAAUUACACCACCCUAAUGCAUACAUAUCAGAGAAAUCAAAAAGUAGUCCAGAGGCUCUGAAUUGGUGCUGAAUUAGUGGUAUAACAAUAUGUACAAUUAAGAGAGAAAUUAGUUUCCGUAAGCACUGAUCUGUUAUAUACACUCUGUUGUAGUAACAGGAAAAAUUGUUUUGGGAUGUGAGCUUGUGAGCAGCGUUUUUGUACAGUUAGCUUUUUUGUAAUUGUUUUUGAAAUGUUCUCUUUUCACUUAUUUCCUGAUGUAUGCAUGAUAAAGACUAUAAGAAUGCAAGGUUUUCUUGAUUUCUUAAGUCAUCUGCUGAAUAUUGAAUAUGUUGACUCAGUCAUGCAUGUAUUAUAAAUGAUGCUGAUGCUUUUUUUCAUCAGUCAGAAAGGCUGUAAUCUUUAAGCCAGGAGUGUGAAUCUGAACCUGUCUGCAAAAUACAUGCCUGGGCUACAACCUACAGUACACCGAUUGACUCAAUACACAGAAAUAUUUGCUAUUUAUGAAUGUUCAUAAGAUUUAUAAAUGUUGUACAGUUUGUAUUUUUUUAAGAUGUCUUUAACAUUGCUUUCUUCCCUUCCCCACAGAUUAUUUGUGAACCAAUGUUAUGUUAAUAAAUAUGUUCGUUUUAAAGCAAA